GUUCAAACGUCAUCGAGUUGUGGACAAAACAAAAGAUUUUCAACAUCGUACGCCAUCUUGCUGCGAAUAGCCAGCUGUGCUUUGAUCGAGCAAUUUCGUAAUCAUUCACUGCUUUUUGGACAGAAAUUAAGCGUUUAACAUGAUUCGUCGUGGUGGUCGUGACAGCCGUAGCGCUGAAAGAAGUGGCCGCAGUUUUGGAGCAGCCACAUCCAGCUUGAUGCGUCGCAACGACCGCAAUGGUGGCCGGGUGGAGAAGCGCUUCGAUCGCAUGGAGCGCAAUGGAGAAAAUUUGCGUAGCAUCCGAUGGGAUCAGGUAAACUUGGAAGCGUUUCAGAAAAAUUUCUUCCAACCCGCUAGCAGCGUUCUGACCCGUUCGCGGGCCGAGGUGAACCAGUAUCUGGACAAGAACGAGAUUACCGUGUACGGAAAGAAUGUGCCUGCCCCGAUCCUACACUUCCACGAGAGUGGCUUUCCCCAGUACAUGCUGGACGAGUUUCAGCGGCAGAGUUUUAAGGAACCGACCUUCAUCCAGGCGGUCGGUUGGUCGAUUGCGAUGAGUGGACGCGAUAUGGUCGGAAUCGCCAAAACGGGCAGCGGCAAAACGCUGGCCUACAUUUUGCCCGCCUUGGUGCACAUCAGCAACCAGCCGCGAAUUGUACGGGGCGAUGGCCCGAUAGCGCUCGUGCUGGCUCCAACGCGCGAGCUAGCGCAACAAAUCAAACAGGUUUGCGACGAUUUUGGACGUCGUAUGGGUAUCUACAAUACGUGCGUGUUUGGCGGAGCUUCGAAAUAUCCGCAGGAAAGUGACCUUCGGCGUGGGGUGGAGAUCGUGAUUGCUACGCCGGGACGGUUGAUUGAUUUUCUUGAGCGCGAAACUACCAACUUGCGGCGCUGUACGUAUCUCGUGCUGGAUGAGGCCGACCGUAUGCUGGACAUGGGCUUCGAACCGCAAAUACGGAAGAUUAUUUCACAAAUCCGCCCCGACCGUCAGGUGCUGAUGUGGUCCGCCACCUGGCCGAAAGAGAUUCGCAAACUGGCGGAAGAGUUCUUGCGGGACUACAUUCAGAUCAACAUCGGUUCCCUAAAUCUGGCCGCAAACGAAAACAUUCUGCAAAUAAUAGACUGCUGCGAGGAGUAUGAGAAGGAAAACCGUCUGUUUAAGUUGCUGGAGCAAAUAUCGUCGCAGAACGAUGGCAAAACGAUAAUUUUCGUAGAAACGAAGCGCAAGGUGGACAAGAUCGUAAACGUUAUCCGUCGGCAGGGUUGGCGGGCGGAUGGUAUCCAUGGGGACAAGUCGCAAAAGGAUCGCGAUUACGUACUGAACACAUUCCGUCGCUCGACCAAUGGCAUCCUGGUAGCCACUGAUGUUGCCUCUCGCGGUCUAGAUGUGGACGAUGUAAAGUUCGUUAUCAAUUUCGAUUUUCCGAACAACACCGAAGAUUAUGUGCAUCGCAUUGGCAGAACAGGACGCUCAACUAACAAGGGUACAUCGUAUACCUUCUUUACCCCGGCCAAUUCGUCUAAAGCACCCGAUCUUAUCAGUGUGCUGCAGGAUGCCAACCAGUACAUAAAUCCGGAGCUACAGGAAUAUGCUCGUGGAAGCGGCCGUUAUCGCGGAGGAGGUGGACGCAUGCGUGGAAACAUGAGCGGUGGCCGCGAUCGUGGCAUGGGACCACGCAAUGGAAGAAUGGGAGGCGGAGGUGGCGGUCGGUUCGGUGAUUCAAGGAUGGGACGUGAUGACGGGGGAUAUCGCAAUGGAAAUGAUGAUCGCAAUAACAAGUAUCCCCGUCGAGAUGAGUUCAACCGAAACGAUCGUGAUCACCGUGAUGGAGGCUCACGUCCCGUUAGCGGUUACAACUCUAGUGCAGGAUCUCGUGGCGCUCCCAAUGGUAUGGGCAUGAGCUCGAAUGGUUACGGGGCCGGGAGCUCGGUUGCUCCGUACGGAGUGGAUGACCGUAAUUACGGUGGACAUUACGGCAGUCAGUCACAUGGAGCUUACGCCGGAAGUGGAUACAGUGCGCAAGGUUCCGUUCCUCGUCGUCCCGAUACGGAUCGUACGCGAGCUCCAGCCAGUGCUGCCAUCGGAUUAGCUCCCACACCUUCAAUGCCCAGCGCAAUCGCUUACGCUCAUCCCGCCAUGGCACUAGGCGGACCAUAUGCGGCCGGUGUAGGAUAUCAGUUCUCUGCCCCACCUCCAGCACCAAUGGGACGUUCCGAUGGGUACCCGCCGCGAGGAGUAAUGCCUCCGAUGGCCUCGGGUGGUAUAUAA